CUACGAGUAAGGUCGUAGAGUGUGCUGACAAAUGGUGGUGAGGUUGUGCAAAGAGAAACACCGUGUCUAAUAAAAUCGACCAUGGGUUUUCUGCCACUAUGGAAAUUAUUUUGAUGCAGUUAGAAACAACUACAUUUGACAAUCUUAAGAUAUUGUAGUUUAGGCGCCUUAUACAAUAAAUGAAGGUCAUCUGCUUUCCACAAAUGAUCGAACAUUGCGGCAUUUAACCGUAGUCUGUGACCAUGAAUUUUAUGAGAAGACACUUAAGUAGAAGUGUCAACAGGGAAAGCAACUUGCCAGUAUCUUUUGACUGUCGCAGGCUUAUAACACUAUUUAAUCAAUAUAUGCAGUCACAGAAUAAUGACGAUAAGGACACCAUUUUAUACAAUACUCUUCCAUAUUUCUGCAAGGUAUUUUCUGACGCACAGCCUGUUGAAUUUGUGGAUAAAUUUCCUGAUAUACACCUGUUUUGUGCACGUGUAUCUCAGCUGUUUGUGAAGGAAGUAAAGUCCAGAGCAGCAAAUAAAUCGUCAGGUAUAGAGAUCUUUAAUAUUUUAUGGUUUUAGAGGAAGGAAGUUUGAUGGUUGCUCAAUUUUUAGAGCCAGAUGAGAACAUCGGUGACUGUUUGGAGGUUACUGAUUCUGAGCACGCUGUGAUAACAAAUAAGGGAUCUUGUUUGCUUAACGCCCUUCAUUUAAUGAGUACGGGCCAUACUAGUUUGAUUGAAUGUAUGGCAGCUGCUUCAUUACCAUCCACACUUGUUAAGUGUCUAUAUAUAUUCCUGGACCUUCCUUCGAAAUACUCUUCAGGAUGUAUAUUUCAGACUAAGUUCCGAGAACUCCUCCAACGGCUGUGUUUGUAUCCGGUAGUAGCUGAAGAAUUGGCUCGUAAAGAUGCCUUGUGUCAUCUUUUUAACGCGUUAACUGACUGGUGUCCCCCUCACAAUUCUAGUUGGCGUAUGACAACCACUGUUGUGUUGUCUACCAUAGCCCAAAAUUCUCUUACUCCUAUUGUAAUAAAGAGCAUACAUGACUCAGAAUGUGUUCGUCAUUGCCUCAAGAGUUUAUCAGAAAGCAAAUCGAAUCAUAAAGAUUUAGUGAAUAGUUUUGUUUCACUCCUUCAUAUAGUCCGUGAAUCAUCUGUUGAUGAUCAAACUCUUCUGGACGAUUUCCGCACCAACAAUGGAUACUUUGUACUAAUCGAUUUCUGUCUUAAGAUUGAAGAAAGUUGUACUGCUGAAUCUGAGAAUUCCUUACAAACACUUGUAGGGCUUGUUGGUAAUUUAGCUAUUUGUGGACCAGUAGAACUUCGCCCUAAAGCAGGGGCUGGGGAGCAAAUUCAUAAAAUCCCAGGAUUUCGUAUGCAUAUGCCUAAAACACAAGCUAGAAAAAGCGUACGAAACAUGCAUGCAUUUGAUGUACUACAAUCAUUGUUCAAUAGUUGUUCAACAGCUCAUCUUAGCUUACUGAUAUUAAAAACAGUCCAGUCGAUUUUUCUACAAGACUUAUCAAAUUAUUUUAUUUUGGAGCAACAAAACACUCUGGUUAUCUUUGCUAAGAAGAUAUUUGAAAAACCAUACGAAGUACAGGAGGCCUAUUUUAAUUUACUUGAACUACUGGUUAACAAAUUGCAUUAUGUAUUUAUGAAAGAAAUUAGCAGUAUUGUUGUUCAAAUGAAACUAUUCAAUUUAUCACCUUCAUUAGUUAUCGCCUAUCGGCAUUUUAUUCGUCUGUUACAAAUUAGUCCAGUUUUCAAAGAUGUAUUCCACGAUGUUGGCUUGUUGGAGUUGAGCGUGGAUCUGUUAAAUUGUUUCAUUGAAACAAUGUUCAAAUUGAAUAAUCCAUCAACAGUUUCUAGUACAUCAUGUUCAUUUACAACACUCAAAGAGAUAGGUCAAUGUUUAUUGGAAUUUUUACAAUGUACAGUUACUUCACAUGCACAGAAUGGUGAUGUGCUUAUUCGAUUAGGCGCUACCAGUUGCCUAUUGAAUCGUAUACUUACUACUGAAGUAAAUGAAUACAUUCUACCAUGGCGAUCUUCUGCAUUAACUAUCUACGAAGAAUUAAUGCUUGGUAAUGGUGGAGAAGAGUUAAUGCCCUAUCUGUUAGAAAAUAUGCAUCAUGCUUAUGCUGAUUUAAAAAUUGAUAUACUUUGUUCAUUUUGUCGAAUUCUACGUGAAUCACAUCGAUGCAGAGCUGUAUUCCGUAAACUGAAUGGAUUUGUUUAUGUAAUGCAAGAAUUAAUCUAUUUAGAAGGAUGCUUAAACCUAUUUCUAUGCAAUGACAAUGAUAAUAAUAAUAAUAAUAAUAAUUUAAAUUCGAAUUGUAUAAAUGAUUCAAUUCCAAUGCAUACACCUUUAUCAUCAAUGAAUCAAUCGUAUCAUCAUUCCACGGGAUCAUCAGCAUCCCCAUCACCAAAACACGCAAUCGCCGCCUCACAAUCUAAUAGUCAGUAUACUGAAGAAAGACAAGAAGAAUAUCGAUCGCAUCUAUCACGUAAAGCAUUUCUAUCAAGUUUAACAUAUCCACAAUUAUUUCUAUUAAUCAAGUCUAUCUUCUCUACACUAGGCAUUGCUAUGAAAUUUGAACCGGCCAAUGCACAUUAUUUUGUUACUGAGAUUCAGUACACUACACUAACUGAUGCAAUUAUAUCUCUUGGUUCAAAUAAACAAAGUGAUACGAUGAAUCCCAUUUCACUGAAUCAAUCAAUAUCUAUCAGCUUAAAUGACCUAAUGAUGCAUAGAAUUAAUGAUUCCCCAAAUCACUAUACAAGAAGUACACGAUCGAAAUAUUUAUAUGCUUUAUUUAUGAAUUUAAAGUUAAUGGAGUCAUUAUUAUCAUUUCCUUUGUCAUCAUCAUCAACCUCAUCUCUGUCACCUAAAUUGAAAAGUGACCAUAACACAGAUGGUUAUCCCAAGUUGAAUAAAUCUUCGGAUGUUGUGAUUGAUCUACCGAGACGCAUUAUAGAAUGGUGUCUAAUAUUUAGGUAUUUAUAUGAUUUAGCAAUAGAUGCAUAUGACCGCAACUCCAUCCGUUCAAUUCAAUUGGAUAAGAAUGCAUGCUGUAAAUUGCCACAAUUCAAUGCCAACCAGAUUGUUGAUAACACUGAAAACUACGAGCAUACUACUACUGCUACUACUGAAAUUGUAGAAUCACCUGUGAAUAGUACCACUCAAAUGAGUAUAGCAGACAUUCUGAUUAUUCAUCCAGAUGCUAUUAUUUGUCUUUUGAAACUUAUUGCUAACUUAAAUGAAUAUAUAAACAAUGAAGAUUAUUCAUCAUUGUCGUGGUGUUGUGAAGAAUUAAUUGUCGACUUUCAAAAUUGUUUACUAACUAUAAUCGCUGAUCUACUUCACAGUGAACGUAAUCAACAAUUAAUGUGUAAUGUAUCUAUGCCUCGAGAAUUGCUUACUCUGUUCAGUGAACCGUUAUCAAAUGAUAAUCAUCCAUUGCAUGAUCAAGUUCGAAGUCUUUUUGAAUGUUUGGCUAUUCAAGCUUUAACACCAAAUGAUCUUCGUGAAUUUCUUCGUCUUUCUAAUACAUUAUCAAAAUUAGAUGAUAGUUUAAUUCAUCCGAGUGGAAACGACACGUCAUCAUCAUCAUUAUCGUUUAGUCUAUCAGAUGAAGCGAAAAUUCUCUUCGCUAAAUCACUAUCAUUCCGAUUGAAUCCGCUUAAUUUAAGUCAGAUUAAAUGUCUGAUAACAAUAUCAACACCAUCGCAUAUUGAAUUCAAUAAGCAGAUUAUUCGACGUGAUUCACGUAUCAGUUAUUAUUAUCAUCAUCAUAAUCAUCAUCACCAGCAGCAUUUGAAUAAUUCAGUAAUCAAUAAUGAUAUUGAUUUAUCCAUCUCUCCAUCAUUUGUUGAAUUCAACAUGUCCACUGAAGGCUUUGGUUGUUUAUUCUUGCCAUCGAUUGCACCACAAGGCGCCUCAUCGAUAUCACAUUUAUGCGGUGCUGUUAAUUCAACCAGUCUAGGCAAUGCAUCAAUCAAUGAUAUGAAUGCUGGCGGGGGUGUAGGCAUCGGUGAACGUUCAUUUCCACCGUCUUAUGGGUUCACAUAUUCUGCUUGGGUAUCAGUACAACAAUUCGAUAAUGUAACAAGUAAUUCCUGUGAUCAACAACAGCAACAGCAACAACAACCGAAACCGCAAGCUGUACAUUUGCUUACACUUGUUCGUGGUGUUCAAAGUGUCAAUGAUCAAUUAGUAUUUCUACGCAUUUAUAUUCAUCCUUUGAAUCAUUAUUUAGUUGUUUCAACACAAGAACGUUUAUUACAACCAGGUCAGUCAUGUGAUGUAGACAUUGAUGGUUCUAUGAUGGUGAAUAACGCAAACAAUAUGGAUCAAUCAGCGUCAAUUGAUUCAGAUCCAAAUAUGAAGAAUGCAAUAGCAGCUGGCACGUGUGCUGUAUUCCCGUGUGGUUUAUCAGCGAACAGCUCUAAUGAAUGGCCAUUGGAUGUUUGGCGUCAUGUUGUUGUUGUAUUCAAUCGAGCGGGAAUGAUCAAGACUAGUUCGUGUAGUUUAUACCUAGAUGGUCAUUUCAUUGGAAGCCGUAGAGUCACUUACAUUGGUGCAUCGUCUGCAUCCAGUGCACUUGGACGUAAUAUUAUGUCGUCAUCAUUGUGUGGUUUCAUUGGCACACCUGCAUCUAUGCGUAGAUCUAGUAAACUGUUAUGGAAAAUUGGUCCAUUUCAUUUUAUUGAAGAACCAUUGACCGCUAGUCGUGUUGCUAUAAUAACAAAGCUAGGACCAAAUUACAUGGGUAGUUUUCAAGCUGUACCUUCAAUGCCGUCAUUUGUCCGACCAGAUGUGGAUGAAUCACAUUUUCCGUUGUUUUCAGAAGAUAAACUUGUCUUCGGUAUAUAUGCAUGUAAUCUGUCCACUUUAACAUUGAAUAGAAUUCGUAAAGUUUAUAACCAAUGUGAUGCUAAAGCGAUAGCAAGACAAUUUUAUUUAUCGCCUAAAGAGAAUGCUACGCCUAUACGUAUAUUACGUAAUUCCGCCUUACAUCUUAAUGGUCCAGCUAGACCACUCGGUGCAGUACUUGUCGGCUAUCAAGGUGUACGAACGUUUACGCCAAGUCCUGUUUGUCGACUGAUUCAUUGUGUAACAGGUGGUGAAGGCAUGCGAAUCGGUUUAGCAUUAAUUGCUAUGUCACAAGAUGUUGAAACGCUGUAUGCUUCAAAUAAAGCAGCGUGUACACUGCUCAAGUCUAAUCCUGCUGCAUCGAUUGAAAUGUUGAGAACUCAAGGCUAUCAAAUAUAUGCUGUCCUACUAAGACGUAAACGGCAUUUAUUAACUACCAGAAUAUUGGAUUCAAUUCUCAGUUUAGCGUUGAAUAUGAAUUCGUGGGCUGAUAAAUCCUUAACAUAUCAGACUUUCCCGUCUAUUGAUCAUCCGGCAUUUGAAGAUUUAGUUUGUGAUCUUGAUCUCUGGCGAAUUGAACGUCAGCUGACCAAUGAAUCAGAAAUGCGUGUUCGACGUAACUCACUCAAUGGCAUGUCAAACAAUGCGAUGGAUCAAAAUCAACAAAACAGUAUUGGUUCUUAUGCAUUGAAUGAUGAUACAAUACAGUUUAUCGAAGAUGACUACCAGCUAGUUGCUAAUCUAAUAUCACAUCUGAUUGAAUUAUUACCGAAUCCAUUGCCAAAAACAACAACAACAACAACUGCUGCUGCUGCUAAUACUACUGGUCACGGUAGUAGUAGCACUAAUAGUAACAUUAGCAGUAAUCCAAUGAAUUCACCGGUUGAUGGCAAUGAUAAAUCUGAAGUGAUUAUUCAUCCUAUAUGGAAUGUGAUAUUUGAUCGGGUUAUUUACUUACUGAUGAAUUCACACUCAAAUUGGAUACAAGGCAAGCAUAUUUAUCACUUGGUGAUUGAUGUAAUUGGCCGGAAAAGUUUUAUGCAUUCAUGUUUAUCAUUUAUACAACUGUGUUUAUCGACGUAUACAUCAUCGAAAUGGAUUUUAAGAUUUUGUCAAUUAAUUAUUUGGACUCUGCCUAAUAAUUCUCAAACAAACGAAAAACUAAUCUCACUAGAUCAAUCCUCCAGCGCUGAUGACAAUGCCGCUGCUGACGCUGUUGAUCGUGAAGAUACUCUUAUGUUGUCUACUGAACUGUUGCGAAAUUUAAUUAUCUUGAGGAAUCAUUGCCUGGAAGUAUUGAUCCAGUUAAUUACAGAAACAGACGGUAUAAAUGACAAAUUUUGCAAUGAAUUGCUUAAUGCAAUCGGUUAUGAUUGGUUCUAUUUAUUAUUACGUCCAAAUAUUCAUUCAACUACUAUUUCGUAUGCUUUACAUUUAUUAUUAUUAUUAAUAUUAAAUUCGGGUAAUUCAUCAUUAGUGCUGAAUUCUUCAUCAACAGUACAACAAAGUUUAUCAUUUAUUCUGACACAAAUUGAAUCCAUUGAUACUUCGAAUACUACUACUACUACUACUAAUAAUAAUAAUAAUAAUGCUGAUCAGUUGUCAACAAAUUUUCUACAAAAAUGUUUAGAAAAUGAUCGUGUUAUCGCAUUUCGAUUAGGAUGUCCUGCUGGUCGAUGGUUACGUGGAUGUGAAAUAUUGUUGAAGAAAAGACAUGGCCUAUUAAUUGAUAAUUCUAAGAGUUCAGCCAAGCGUAAACCACCACUUCGUUAUACUUCAGCACUUCGAGAUUUGAAAUUAUCAUCAUGUCAACAACCAGGAUUUAUUAUACUGCAAAUUUUAUUACCAUAUCAUAUGAAUUUAAUUGAAACAUUUCUAUUCCUUUUUGCAUUAUUAUUAAAGAUACCAGUGAGAUCUAUACCACAAAAUGCAAAGUUUGAUUUUGAUACAUUUUAUUCAUUAAUUUCGUGUGAAAAUAAUUGUAUUUCACCGACACUGAUUAAACGUGAAGUGAAUUCUACUUCAGUUGAUCGUAGUACUGGUAAUAAUACAAGUGUAAGCGGUAUAGUUAGUGGAUUGUUUAGCGGAUCUGGUGGGAAUCGUCGAGCUGGUAACACUGCUGUUUCAAUGGGGAUGACGUCGUCGUCUAUACCAGGAAAUCCUAAAAUUAAUAAUAAUAAUAACAAUAAUACUAAUCCCAAUAUAAGUCAUUCACAACUAACAACAACAACAACAGGAGCAAGCAAUAAUUUAUCAACAGCAUCGACAAUUAUUCCGUAUUCAAAUCAAGUUAUAUGUCCAGAAGCUGGAACUCUGAUUUUACAUUUGAUUCGUCUAUUUGUCUAUGAGCCUGAGUCUUUGCGACAUUUGAAAUUAUCAGAAUUCGCCUAUCUGAUGGAGACAAAACAGACUAACUUACAAGAGAAUAUAAACUCAGCUAUUGUUAUGCUGAAGUUCUUAAUUUAUCUAUAUCAAUCGAAACCAACAAUUCGUUUGGCUUUUAUAACACCAGGUUUAUUGACAAAUUUGAUCGGUUUACUUGUUCCUUUCACUAGUCAUACAAAUGAUCCAUCUGCGCCUUUAAAACAUUCCACGUCAGUUUAUAGAAAUUUCAAAGAGCCAUCGUAUUCAGUGUCAAAGGAGGAUUGUCAAGAGAAUCCAUUGCAUCAAAUUACUCUGGAUUUUAUUAAAUUAAUUGUAUCCGAUAGUUUUGCACUGCAUCCAUCAUUUCAUCAACCUACACAUAUUGUUGAUAUACUAUUAGAAGCAUGGUCUGAUCAGUGUAGUUCAAGACAACAUCAAAAUUUACAAACAUUGAUUUUAUGCAAUCUAAUGGAUCAUUUUCUAGCCACUGAUAUAUUAAAUGAUCAAUCAUUAUGUGUUGGACCCAAUGGAAGUAUUCAGUACAUUCCAGCGAAUUUAAUUUAUUUCUCCGCGCGUAUUGUUGAUAAAUUAUGGCAGGGUUGUUUUAGUAAAGAGGUGAAUCGUGUAGUCAAUUUCCUAAUUCAUCUUAUCACCUAUUGGCCAGAUCAGUCUUCUACUGCUACUGUGACAACCAACGCAGGUUCUAGUAAAUUGGACAAUUCAAAUGAAAAUACUAUGCAUCAUAAUUUACUCAGUAGUAAAUUUACAAUUCAUUCAUUAUAUCGUAGUUUAAAUCGUACGAUUCUCUACCAAUUAUCUCGUCCAAUUCUGACAAGAGCAGAUCAAAUUGAAACAUUGACUCUGUUGAAUUGUUUAAAUAAUACCUUGAUUAGCAAAAAUGCUGUCAUCGGUGAUAGUUUUGAUAUGGAACAACUUAUGUCGUCACCUGUCCCACCGGCUUCUCCUAUUCACCAUCAUCAUCAUCGUCAUCCACAACAGCCUCAUGAUCAAAUCCCGUUGAUAUUCAAUGCAGUGAAUGAAGACGCCGAGUUCCCAGCCUGUUUAGUCCACCUAUUGAUUCAGUUAAUUCGAUUAAAUGAAACAAAUAAAAUUGGCACUUAUAAUAUAACUGAUACAAUAAAUACAACAUCACUGAAUAAAUCGACAACAUUGAGUAGAAUCUCGUCAAUUGCUUCAACUAAUAAUAUAAAAUAUGACAUGAAUAUGAAUAAUGAUAAUGAUAGUUGUAAUAUCAGUGCUAUCAGUGCUACUCCUACUACUACGGCUAAUAAUAGUAAUAAUAAUGUGGAUGAGAAUACUUUGAACGAAUCCUCUUCUGUGAAUUAUUAUUAUCAUACAACAUUUGGUUUUGAAGAAUUAGACGAUGCCAGUAUAUUACCAUCAUCAUCAAUAUCAACAACAAAGACGCCAACAGGGACUACAGUGAGAAAAGCACAAACACCAACACAGUCAAUGAUUCAGGGUGGAACAGCAACAUCAACAACUGCAGGGAUGACAACACUAGAUGACUGUGUUACAGAAAAGUUAAUAAAUAAUAGUAAUAAUAAUAGUAACCCUGCCAGUAUGUUGUCAAGUAGACAACAGCAUGAAGAGGAUACAGAAGUUUAUAGAAGUGAAGUGAUUCAAACAAUGGCAACAGCGUCAAUGACAACGACAGAAAGUGAAUUCAAUUCCGACUAUGCAAAUGAUAAUUACAAUUAUGCUGAUGAAAUUGUAUUGGCUGCCUUGAAACUUUGGUCUAAAUGUUAUCUGGCUAAAAAAUCAGUGCUUGCCCAACUUGUUCCAGAAGCUCCUCUAGUCAGUGGUCUAUCAGUACCAUCUCUUACUGAUUGGGCCACAAUUCUUGAAGGUCCUUGUCUAAUCGCCUGGGCACAACAUGUCGAUUGUGAAGCUGCAGGAUCUGGUGGUAUUAGCUCGAGCAACUUGUGGGGUCGUAUACCUGGUACUCCAAGUUUUGUGUUAAAUAUGCUUAAACAAGAAGGUAGCCUACAUAUGCCGACAGCACAAUCAACGUCUGUAUCUACUUCAGCACCAUCAGGACUACAGCAUCAUAUCUCAAUGAAAUUGAGUAAAGUCUCAGGAAAUGUAUUUAAAUUAGGCUCAACCUCAGGUUCAACUGUACAAUCCAGUGUAACCACGGGGAACGAAUAUACAUCUGCAUCUGUUCUAGGCGUUUCUUCGUCAAUAAUCAACAGUAAUGUACAAAUCAAUUAUUUAAGUCCAACAAAUACUUCUAGUCUAAAUGUUAUUCAAGAAAAUGCUAUAGAGGCUAUACAACUAUGGGCUCCGAAUCAAAUGAAUUUCAUACGUGAACUACUGGAUCAACAGAAAACACAAUUCUAUCAAAAUUUAUCUUUUAACCAACGUCAUCUUGAAAGUGAAUGGGAGAAGAUAGAGAAUGAAUUAACAAGAGAACGUGGUUUAUGGGGUAGAAUUACACCGGAUCCAUUAGCUAAAUGGGAACUUGAUCCAACUGAAGGUCCAUUAAGAAUGCGAAAACGUAUGAUCUUAAAUAACUCGUUUUAUUUGCGUUAUCCACAUUUACCGAAUUAUCUAAUGCGUUUAUUAAUUCGUUCACCGGAGGCUAAUCACUAUUAUCCGUAUACAUUAACACCAGGAAAGUCGAAGAAACCUCGUAGUCGAGAUAGUAAAUUAUACUUCCUCAAUUAUAAAUCAAAAAGUUUACUGCAUGAAGAUUAUGGUCCUUUAGCACCAUGGAUACCGUUCACUAAAUCAAUGAAAGUAGAAGAUAUUGACAAAAGUCUACAAGAAGAAAAAGAAGUCGAGGUUGAAGAAGAGGAAGCGGAAAGUGACGAAGCAACAGAAACAGCAUCCGGUGGAGGCAUUGAUACAACAGAUCAUACUGAUAAGACUUGCUUUUAUGGAUCAAAGUUAAUAGGAUCUGUAGUAGAUCAACAAGGAAAGAGUGUAGACAAUGAAGCUUUACAAGAAUGCAAGAAUACAGUACUGGGGGAUAGUGAAUUCACUGUAUUGAGUCGGCAAUUAGUUCCAGAAGACAUUGAAUUAUCAAAGACAGCUUCUUUAAUUCGUUCCACACGUAAUUCUGUUUGCGUUGAACGCAACAACAAUCAACAUAAAAAAGAGAAUGAUCUUAUUGAUGAAUUGAUCCCAGCUAAUUCACGAUCAGUUUCAGAGGAACCUGAAGAAUUAAUUCCAUACAAUGAUGUUGUUGUCGUUACCGGUGAUGGUGGUGGUGGCGGUGGUAUGAACGAUGACGCUGAUGUUGAUGCUGGUGAUGUUGACGGUGAUCUUGAUCCACUGAAACAAUCAUUAGAUCAUCCAGAUAUGAGUCCACCUUAUACUACUACUACUAAUAAUAAUAAUCAGACUGGCAACAAUAUUAAUAAUAAGCAAACACAUACGAAUAAAGACAACUUAGUCAAUACAAAUAUGCCUAACAAUAGUAGUAAUCCUAUCCAGUCGGCAGUCAAAGAUUUACCAAAUCCUGUGAAUAAUUUUAUCAGUAUGACUGAAGAUAAAUUAGCCGGUCAUGAAGCUAUACUAAGAUUAUUAGAACCCGGUGAAAGACUACACGUGAUGUAUCGUUGUGCACGUAUUCUUGGUUUAGAUAUUUACGAAGGUUUAUUACUAUUUGGUCGUGCACACUUCUAUGUCAUUGAUGGUUAUACACUGAUAAAUACACGUGAAAUUGUCGCUAUAGACUCAUUACCAUCACAUAUAAUACAUGAACCAAUUGUACCAUCUACAAUAAUCGGAGCAUCAAAUAAUAAUAGUAGUAAUACUAAUUCAAUAACUCGUUCAUCAUUCCAUCGAAUAAAUAUGAGUUCAAGUGAUUUAUGGAGUUCAGGAGCUGUUAGUCAGAUAGCUGGAAAACAAUAUUUUAAAUUUCCUUAUGAAAAUAUUCAAGGUGUACAGAAACGCCGUUAUUUACUUCAUCCAAUUGCACUGGAAGUUUUCAAUUCAGAUGGACGUAAUUUUCUAUUGGCAUUCAGUAAAGGCUUACAAAAUAAAGUUUAUGACUGCUUCCAAAAUGUUGCAUCUGUCAAUUCAGAAUUCAAUCAACAGAAAAGUUCUCAAAGCUUUUUAAGCAGUUUACUCGGUGUAAAAUCAGUAAUGCAAAGAUGGGAGCACGGAGAAUUGAGUAAUUUUGAAUAUUUGAUGUAUUUAAAUACACAAGCUGGUCGUUCUUAUAAUGAUCUUAUCCAGUAUCCAGUGUUUCCAUGGGUACUUGCUGAUUAUGACUCGGAAGAAUUAGAUCUAUCCAGACCAGAGACAUUUCGUGAUCUAUCUAAACCAAUGGGAGCUCAAACACCUGAUCGUUUAGCUCAAUUCCAACGUCGUUACAAGGAAUGGGAUGAUCCGACCGGUGAAACACCACCUUACCAUUAUGGAACGCAUUAUUCAUCUGCUAUGAUUGUAGCAUCUUAUCUUUUUCGAAUGGAACCAUUCGCUCAACACUUUCUUAAACUUCAGGGUGGGCAUUUUGACUUACCUGAUAGAAUGUUUCAUAGUGUUAAAGAUGCUUGGUUAAGUGCAAGUCGGCAUAAUAUGGCUGAUGUUCGAGAAUUAAUACCGGAAUUCUUUUAUCUACCUGAUUUUUUAAUUAAUUCAAAUAAUUUUGAAAUGGGAAUUAAACAGAAUGGAGUUGAAGUGAACAAUGUCGUCUUACCACCAUGGGCUAAAUCGGAUCCACGUGAAUUUAUACGAGUUCAUCGUGAAGCUUUAGAAAGUGAAUAUGUCUCUGCACACUUACAUGAAUGGAUUGAUUUAAUCUUUGGUUAUAAACAACAAGGUGAAAAUGCAGUCCAAUCAGCUAAUGUUUUUCACUAUUUAUUCUAUGAAGGAAAUGUUGAUAUUUAUUCAAUAGACGAUCCAUUGAAACGAUCAGCUGUUAUCGGUUUCAUCAAUAAUUUCGGUCAAAUACCUAAACAAUUGUUUAAAAAACCACAUCCAUGCAGACGGGUGAUUAUACCACGUCAGUCGUCACGCUUUUUCAGCUCUGUUAUUGGACUUAAUUCUGGCAGCCAGUUAGCCUGUGAUUUAUUCUAUCGUAAUCUUGAUAUUUUACGACCAAGUUUACAGCCUAUUAAAGAACUGAAACAUGCAGUCGGUCAAAUUGUCCAACUGGACCCACAGUUUAUACCGAGUGGAACAAAUAUCAAUAAUAUGAAUACUGGGGCUACAGUUAAUCGUCCAAUACUCAGCUUAAAUAUUAAUUCAGAUAGUAUGAAUAAUGAGAAUGUUAACUUGUCUUCUGCUAAUAAUAAUAAUAACAGCAUCAACAAUAAUACUAAUACUAAUAAUAAUAAUAGUAAUUCUGGAUUAAUAUCAGAUAAAAAUGUCAAUAGUUCUGGUAAUACAACUAGUUAUCAAACAAUGACAACAACUAUAAUCGGUGGACCGAUUAUUGCUGUUGAACAGAAUAAAUGUCUUCUACCACCGAAUUAUACGCAUUAUCUUGCAUGGGGUUUCACUGAUGGCAGUCUACGCUUAGGAUCAUUAUUCGACUCAAAUGAACGUGUUCGUUAUAUAUUUGAAAUGGUGGAUCAAAAUGAAAUUCUGUGCUGUACAUCACCUAAUAAAUACACGAUUAUUACAGCUGGUUUAAGCACUGUAAUACGUGUAUGGUUUCUUAGUUCUCAUGAUGUAAGUAACAACACAACAAGUUCAAAUAAUUCUUCUGGUGUUGGCUUAUUAACCACAUCCAGUUCAUCGUCUAUUGCCUAUGGUGGUGGUUGCCAUUUAUCCGGUGGUUCACGUCUUAAACUACGUGCAACACUCUACGGACAUACUGAUGCUAUAACCUGUUUAGCUGCCUCAGAUGCAUUUAAUCUAAUUGUCAGUGGUAGUCGUGAUAGAACUUGUAUCCUAUGGGAUUUAAGUCGUCUAUGCUUUCUACGCCAAUUAUCUAAUCAUGUUGCACCGAUUGCUGCGAUUUGUAUUAAUGAAGCUACUGGAGAUAUAGCAAGUUGUGCUGGAACACGUUUAUACUUAUGGAAUUGUAAUGGGGAACCAGUCGCUUCAACGGAUACACCAGUCGGUCGGAAUAAACAAAUUCUCUGUGUUUGUAUGAGUACUCUUUAUGACUGGGAUGCAGAAAAUGUGGUUAUAACUGGUAGUUCUGAUGGUGUAGUCCGGAUGUGGUGUCUGAAGCAUAUAUGUACAAAAGACAACGAUGAGGAUGAGGAUAAUAGGAGUGGGAGUGUUGGAGUGUGUGGUACUGUUGCUGGUGUCAAUAACACUAAUGAUAAUAAUAAUAAUGCUGGUAAUCAAGAGAGUAAUAAUGAUUCAGAAAAAAGUAGAACCGAUUACAAGGCGGACCAUUGUGAAAAUUCUUCAGAGGAAACCCGGACAAUAGAGAUUUCGACUGUGUCUUCAUAUGACACAUCAUCUGAAAUUGAUUCAUCUAUUGUGUCUAGUGAUAAGUCGUCAAAGAAAAUAAAUAUGAAGGAAUCAAAUAAUAAUAAAAAGUGGACUCGAGCUUUGAUAUUUCGCAGUAAACUUACUAUGCACACAGCUUAUGAACGUUCAGAUAACAAAUCACCAGCUGAUAUUACAGCCUUGGCAAUAUCACGUGAUCAUCGAUCUGUAUUAGUUGGUGAUGCUAUUGGUCGAGUAUUUGUUUGGUCUGUACCAUCAGAUAAUUCUCGUGGCGGUAUGACUGAUCAAUGGAUAAAAGAUGAAGGUGCUACAAAUUGUGCAGCUGAUGGUUGUGGUACACGUUUCUCGUUAACUGAAAGAAAGCAUCACUGUAGAAAUUGUGGUAAAGUAUUCUGUUCGAAAUGUAGUCGAUUUGAAAGUGAAAUUUAUCGUCUAAGACUAUUUAAACCUGUACGUGUAUGUCAAACAUGUUAUAAUGUAUUGAAGUUAAUUCAAGCUCCACAGAAUCGUGAAACAACUGCCCCUUCACAAUAA